AUGGCAGUUAGUGGAAAUGAAAUUAAACUUAAAACUCUUUACGCCAAGAGGGACGUACUCCUUUCACGUAUACAAUAUAUAUUCGAUCUUAAAGCUAUAUCAUCCGCGAACAUCACUGGCUUAGAGCAGUUUUUGGAUAAAUUCGUAGCAUCGGUGACUGCGCUCAAGAACCUGAAAUUUAAUGACCUUACAGACGUUGUGUUUCUCCAUAUCGCCUUAAAGAAGCUAGACUCGGACACCGUGUGUGCGUUUGAAAUGGAGCAUCGUUGCUCUGAGUUACCGUCAUUUGACUCCUUAGCUUCCUUUGUACGAGAUCAAAUUAAAGUGAUACAGCGUUCCUCGAAUGUCAAACAAAAAGUUAAGAAAUGUGUCGAUCGCAGACAGAUCUCAUCAACUAGGACCGCUGGGUCUCUGACGUACGUAUCCGCUGCGCCUACAUAG